GUUCAAUGAGUACUUAAUUUGAUGAUAGAAUCUCUUCCAUUUUCUCCACUCACUUGAUGGAAUACUAGAUUUUUGGCCCCCUUGGGGACUUCCAAUAUAUCAUAUAUUGAUAACUCUUUUGCCUUUUGAGUACUGUCUUAAAAACUUUUUGACCUUUCUUUAACCUUUUUGGUGUGUGGGGAGGAGCUUGUAAAAUGAUAAAGAAGAACAAUGAUGCAAUCUUUAGCAUGAACAUGGUACAGGAUCAUAUAUAUAACAUCUGUCACAGCAAUAUCCUGGUUCUUUCCUCCAAUCCUAACACGCUUUGGGUCUACUUGCAUCUUUAAAACAGCUUUUCUUUUUAAUUGGUUGGUUAGGGAUAUUUGAUGUGAACAUGUCUCAAUUCAGACAAUCUCUUGUGGUGGCUACCACUAAUGCAUAAUCUGAUGUGGCUUUCAAUUACAUCUUGCCAAUACAGUCUUUGAGAAAUUAUUUGCUGUAAUUGAUUGAGUUAUUGCAUUCCAGAAAAAUCAAUUCUGUAUUUUCCUUUUGGAAUUGAGAAUUUGUCAGGUUUUUAUUAGUUCAGGAGACAUCAGAUUGGUCCAUCAUCAUUUAGGGUAUUGUUUGGCAGGUAAGAAAUAAUUGAAGCAUUUCACUUUCCGGCAUUCUAGAAGAUAAUUUUCCAAAUACACCCUACUAAAUUUUUGCCUCCAACAUAUAACUGCCGUCAGAGGGCAGUAUAACCCUGCAUACUAGUUUUCUAGAUAUCAAUCAGAAAUAGACGUAUUUUGAUGUCAAUUGUCUAUUUCAUCUUUCUAUUUUUUCUAAUUUACUAUCUUUUGUAAUCCCUAGACAAAUCAUGCUGUGGAAAGCUGAAAAUUUAAGGGAAAAGAAAAACUUCAUUUGCUUGAAACACAAUUCUUUCCACUGUAGUAAAUUCACAGUAAAGUACAUAUGAUUUGUAGAACACAUCUAAAAUAAAACCCAAACGUGAAAAACCAAUUGAUUCCUUCCAAGAUUAUCCAAUCUUUUUUACAUGAGCUCUCUUGUUUAAUCUUGAAAAAGGAAGUAGAAAUAAUAACCUGAUAAUUGAUCACUAGCUCCGUUGGGAGCCUGAGAAAAUUCUGAUGUGUUUUUUCCAAUAUCUCUAAACAGUGAGCUAGGGAGAUCCUAGUCUCCUAGAGCCAACACAGAACAAGGACUUGACCAGGUGAUACAUAAUGCAGGAAUGUUAUGUAACUUUCAUUUGAUAAUUAAUGUACUGUUUUAGCACUUUAUGAGAUGUUGAUCAGAAAGGUACAGAGAUUUUUAUUUUCUGAUUCUGAUAUAAGACAACAAUUUAAGGUUUAUAUUUCCGCAUGGUGGAGUGUUUUCUACUCUUUUGAGGGUCUGUAAGACCUAAACGUGUGCAUCUAAAGCCAAAAUCACCAAUGAAGAUCCCUGAUAAUGUGGACCAGCAUUAAACAUUUUCCAUGAGUUUUUGCAAUAUUAUUUCUUUAUUAUUAUCUUAUUCACUAUCUUCAAAUACACGUGUGAGAUUAUGUGAAGUGGAAGCAAAUAUCUUGGCUUGGUUAUGAAACAAACCUUUUCAUUUUUAUUUUUUAUUUUACCUUUGUGUGUUUUAUGUGUUAUUGUUUAGUUGUUUCAGUCUCUCCAUAUAUGAUACAAGAAGAUAUGUAUAUAUGAUGAUUACCUUGUGAGUGAAGAAAAAUAUUAUAAAAAAAGAAAAGAUCAUGGAGUCAAAGACAAGACGACCACCUAUCUCUCUCAUUUUUCUCAGGUCCCUCUCCAAACCGUUUUCUACUCAGACCCAUCAACCAACCUCCCCCUCUCUCUCUCUCUCUCUCUUUCUUCCCUAUAUUCUAAGCAAACCCCACAACCGUCAUGAUCAUCAUUCCCACUCUAUGAAGCCUCCUCUCUCUCUCUCUCUCUCUCUCUCUCUCUCUCUCUUUCUCUCAUAUAUUACAAUUCUAUGAAGUCUUAACUAAUCUACAUCAAACUAGUUGGGGAAGAUACUUUCAGAGGAUAGGAUCCAAGGCUCUCAAAAUGAGGAAGCCAGAGGCCUCUGGGAAGAACAACAAUAAUAACAAGCUUAGAAAGGGCUUGUGGUCACCAGAGGAAGAUGACAAGCUCAUGAACUACAUGAUAAACAAUGGACAGGGCUGUUGGAGUGAUGUAGCAAGAAAUGCUGGCUUGCAGAGGUGUGGCAAGAGUUGCCGGCUUCGCUGGAUUAAUUACUUAAGGCCUGACCUCAAGAGAGGUGCAUUUUCACCUCAGGAAGAAGAGCUGAUAAUCCAUUUGCAUUCUCUUCUUGGCAACAGGUGGUCUCAAAUUGCGGCUCGCUUGCCAGGCCGUACUGAUAAUGAAAUCAAGAACUUUUGGAAUUCAACAAUUAAAAAAAGACUAAAGAAUUUGUCUUCCACAGCCUCACCAAACACGAGUGAUUCUUCCUCUGAGCCAAGCAAAGAAGCUGCCACAAUGGGAGGAGGAGUAGGAGUAGGAGGGUUCAUGAUGAUCUCCAUGCAAGAACAAGGCAUGAAUCCCAUGUACUUAGACCCAUCAUUAUCAUCAUCAUCAUCAUCACUAUCAUCGACAUCAACGUCCAUGCAAGCCAUGUUUAUGAAUCAUCAUCCCAUGAUGGACUCAUUACCUAACAUUGAUAAUGGCCUGAGCAUCUACGGUGCAAGUGUAUUUUUCAAUAAUGCGCCCGCAUGCACGACACAGAUAGGAGUUAAUGGAGAAGAUUUAUAUGGGAAUCAAGGAAUCUUUGGAAGCGUUAAUAUUGGGAUAGAAGGGGAUCUCCAUGUUCCUCCUCUAGAGAGUACAAGCAUUGAAGAAAACACUAAAAUUGAUAAUAUGUAUGGUAAUAAAUACCAACAUGGUAAUGUGAAUAGGAUUGGUAGUAACUGCAAUAACAGUAAUAAUAACGGUAAUAAUGCAGAAAAUUUUGGAGCUGGGAUUGGCAACUUAUGGCAAGGAGAUCUAAAAGUGGGAGAGUGGGACUUGGAAGAGUUGAUGAAAGAUGUUUCCAGCUUCCCUUUUCUUGAUUUUUCAAGUUAAGAUAAAAUUGCUUUUCCAAAUAAUUUUUCUCUUUUCAAAUUUUUGAAAUUGAUAUCCUUUUCCCUUUUGUAGAAAUCUACUAUAUACAAAUCUGUAUUCUGUAGUUCAGUUCAAAAGAAAGAAGACUAUAUAUAUAUAUUGUGUAGCC